AUGUCUGCCGUCAAGACGUCGCAUUUGCCCAAUGAAGACCUGCAGGCCAGCAAGCUCUUCGAUGUCUCGCACAUCGUAGCGGUCGUGACCGGCGGCGGCACCGGGAUCGGCCUGAUGAUAGCCCAGACACUGCAGUCCAACGGGGCCAAAGUCUACAUCACGGGCCGUCGACAGGAGGCGCUCGACGCCGUGGUCGAACAGUACAGCAAAGGGCCCGGAAGCAUCCAUGCUUUGCCCGGGGACAUCACCAAGAAGGAAGAAUGCAUUCGGCUCGCCGACGAGGUGAGCAAGCAGGAGUCUAAGGGUAUUCACUUGCUGGUCAACAAUGCGGGCAUUGCUCGUGACGACCACACAAAGUUCUCGGCCGCCGGCAAGCCGGACACGAAGUCGGCAGAGAGCAUCGCGCAGCACAUGCUGAAAUCCGAGGUCGACGACUGGCAGGACACGUUCUUGACGAACAUCACGGCCCAGUUCUUCAUGUCGGCCGCUUUUCUCCCUCUCCUCAGCAAAGGCCGCGACGUCACUCCCGGCUACACGAGCAGCAUCGUCAACGUCACCAGCAUCAGCGGCCUCAUGAAGGGCUCCAGUAACGGCCAAUUCGCCUACGCCACCAGCAAAGCCGGAUUGAUCCACCUGACGCGCAUGUUGGCCAGCACGCUGGCCGAGACGAAAGUGCGGGUGAACCAGAUCGCUCCUGGCAUUUUCCCCAGCGAGAUGACAACGGGCGAAAGUGACGAGACCCAGAAGAGCGAACUGAGUUCGGAGAUUAGCAAUCCCGCAGGUCGAGGCGGCGGCGAUGCAGACAUGGCAGCGACCAUCCUGUAUCUGGUGGGCAAGGGCGGCUUGUUCCUGAACAACCAGCUUCUCCACCCGGAUGGCGGCCAGAUGUUGAUCGCGCCGGCCGCCAUCUAA